UAGCGAAGAUGAAGGCUUUUCUUUUCGCCCUGCUGGCUGCAGUCCUGUGCGCGGAGCGAGUUUCCUCACUGAAAUGCUUCACUUGCAAUGAUGAGCCCUCCAACUGGAAUUGUAUUAAAAUAACGGAGUGUGCAGAGAACGAAAAAUACUGUCUAACAACCUACACGAAAACAGGGCUUGGUGAGAAAGUUGACUACCGCAUCACCAAGAAAUGCUCUGCCGAGUGUCCUCAGACAAACUGGAAUCUUGGCAUAGCAGCCACUUCUACCUCUUGCUGUCAGCAUUCCUUGUGCAACAUCAGCGGGGCCAGCAGCGUGAAAUCCAGCUACGCAGUGAUGGCCACGGGGAUCUUGGCCAGUCUCAUCUAUGUCCUCAGAUCCGGACUGUGAUGGGGCCAGGAAAAGGAGGCCGCGACGCCCCAAAGAACCAGCUCGAGCUUCCCCAGUGAGACACCAAACAUCCUCUAUGCAAAUGGUUUCACCUGGGUUAACACAGCCCUGUGCCCGGUAAGGCUACGUCUACCCUAAAGCUGAGGUGUGAUUCCCAGCUCAAAGAGAUGUCCUCAUGCUCCAGCUCUCACUGAACGAGCAUGCUAAAAACACUAGUGUAGCCAUGGUAACAUGGAGCUGCAGCGAGCAGCAGCAGGGCCUAGUUGCCCCAAGUACGUGGCCGCUGCCUGUGUUGCUGUGACUACACUUCUACUGUUAGCAACCUACUCAAUGAGAGCUGGGGCUAGUACGUCUACAUGGGCUGGGAGUCAUACCACUAGCUAGACUUGGCCUCAGAGUCACUUCAGAUUCCAUCAGCAAGUCAUUCCUCUCUCCAUUUUCACAUGGUGGUUCUGCCUCGGGCACAACCAUACCUCCAUGCUCGGCGUUGGU